AUGAAUGGAGGGUGGAUGUUGUUGAUACUGAUAAAGGUUAUAAUAAUAAAGCUGCUUGUUGUUGCUGUUAUUGCUGCUGCUGCUGCGACUGGUGAUGAUGAUGAGAAAGAGAAGGAGGAGGAGGAGGAGGAGGAGGAGGGAGAGAGAGGAGGAGAGGGAGAAGAGGAAAAAGAAGAAGUUAGUGAUGAUAAGCCGUUUUUAAAUGGCUUUAACAACUAA